AUGGUGGCCAUCUCUCCGGUACCAGACAGAUACAGUCACAACAUGGCGGCCAUCUCUCCGGUACCAGACAGAUACAUUCACAACAUGUCGGCCAUCUCUCCGGUACCAGACAGAUACAUUCACAACAUGGCGGCCAUCUCUCCGGUACCAGACAGAUACAUUCACAACAUGUCGGCCAUCUCUCUGGUAACAGACGGAUACAUUCACAACAUGGCGGCCAUCUCUCCAGUACUAGACAGAUACAGUCACAACAUGGCGGCCAUCUCUCCGGUACCAGACAGAUACAUUCACAACAUGGUGGCCAUCUCUCUGGUACCAGACGGAUACAUUCACAACAUGGCGGCCAUCUCUCCAGUACUAGACAGAUACAUUCACAACAUGGCGGCCAUCUCUCCAGUACCAGACGGAUACGUUCACAACAUGGCGGCCAUCUCUCCGGUACCAGACAGAUACAUUCACAACAUGGUGGCCAUCUCUCUGGUACCAGACGGAUACAUUCACAACAUGGCGGCCAUCUCUCCAGUACCAGACAGAUACAGUCACAACAUGGCGGCCAUCUCUCCGGUACCAGACAGAUACAUUCACAACAUGGCGGCCAUCUCUCCGGUACCAGACAGAUACAGUCACAACAUGUCGGCCAUCUCUCUGGUACCAGACGGAUACAUUCACAACAUGGCGGCCAUCUCUCCAGUACUAGACAGAUACAUUCACAACAUGGCGGCCAUCUCUCCAGUACUAGACAGAUACAGUCACAACAUGGCGGCCAUCUCUCCAGUACUAGACAGAUACAGUCACAACAUGGCGGCCAUCUCUCCAGUACUAGACAGAUACAGUCACAACAUGGCGGCCAUCUCUCCAGUACUAGACAGAUACAGUCACAACAUGGCGGCCAUCUCUCCAGUACUAGACAGAUACAGUCACAACAUGGCGGCCAUCUCUCCGGUACCAGACAGAUACAGUCACAACAUGUCGGCCAUCUCUCUGGUACCAGACGGAUACAUUCACAACAUGGCGGCCAUCUCUCCAGUACUAGACAGAUACAUUCACAACAUGGCGGCCAUCUCUCCGGUACCAUACAAAUACAGUCACAACAUGGCGGCCAUCUCUCCAGUACCUGCCAAUAAUUUGUUUCAUUGGAGCUGCAGGGCGAAGUCCCAGGCGUUUGGAUCAUAG